AUGUUUUUGUUUCUGUUUAUUUCAAUCACGUGCUCCGAUGCUCCCACGCAUUUCGAUUCGAUUCGCACGGAGAACGCGAUCAUUCCGCCCCUCCUCCUCGUUUGUUUGCCUUUUCCCCUCAUCAUUUUGCCACGUCAUUCCGCCGCCGCCGGCUCAAGUGCUCAAAGUUCAGGUGCUUUCGGUUUAGAAGCUCCAAUUUCCGCAUAAAUUUCGUCGUGUCAUUUCCACUCAUUCAUUCAUAUUUUUGACGAGCACUGCACAUCCCUUCCCUCCGCCUUUCUCUCUCUCCUCUGAAUAUUGAAUUUCCAGAAGAAAUGGAUUCGCUGAAAGAGGCCGAAAUUCGUGAAGUCUUCCGCGAGUUGGACAAGAACGGCGACGGACGCAUUACGAGACAUGAGCUCGAGGUUUGAUUUGUUCUGGGACGUUUUUCAGAGAUUCGAGAACAAUUGCGAGAAAAACUGCACCAAAUAUUGUCCGUCUUUCAAAAAAAAACGGCUUGCAGGUGGCUCUGUUGCAACUCGGCGAAAAGGCGUCCAAUUCGAAGAUUGAGGCAAUGAUCGAACAGGCUGAUUUGGACGGUGAGUCUCAUGAACAACAUUAAACUUUAUCACAAAUCGCUGAAACGGAAUUUGUUCUGCUUCACAACCUUAUGAAAUACAGGCAAUUUUCUUAUUCAUCGAGUACUUUUUGGAUUUGGAUUGAAGUUUUCUGGACCCGAGAAAUCGCAAUUUUCUCCGAAAAAUCUGAAACUUGGACCCAAAAUACUUCAGUCCAAGUCUGAGACCUGUGCAAAAUUUGAAUCCUAACAGAAUAUUGUAGCUAGAUCAAAAGUUCCGACUCCUUUGACCGGUCUAUUUCCAUGCCCGUCUCACUUUCCCUUCCGCUUCACUUCUCGCCCACUAUUUCCUGUUUUGUACCCAACACCUACCUGCGUGCUCUCACGAGUGAGCGAAUGAAUAUGAAUGAGCGCCGGGCGAGUAAUUUAUUCGUUGAUCUCAUCGAAAAUUCAUUGACUCGGGGGAUCAACAAUUUCUGAUGUUAAAAUAUCUAUUUUGCAGGCAACGGCUGCAUUGACAUUGACGAGUUUCUCAAUGUUCUUCGGCGACAAAUUUGCGAUCCGAAAGAGGAAAGAGAGCUGAGGGAUGUGUUCAAUGUGAGUAUUUCGAGACGAUAUAUCUCAGCUGCCUCAAGAGAUAUAGAAAAGUUGUCAACUAAUAAAAUGUUCAGCAAGUCUUAAUGAACAUUUUACCAGUUGAACACUUUUUGAUAUCUAAGCGCAAAGCGGAGAUAAAUCGAUUUGAAAUUCACUUAGCUCUCUCAGGUGUUCGACAAGAACGGCGACGGAAUGAUUUCGAUCGACGAUCUCAUUUUUGUAAUGUGUCAACUCGGCGAGAAGCUGACCGAAUCGGAAGCCAAGGAAAUGAUCAAGCAGGGCGAUUUGGAUCACGACGGAAUGAUCGAUUUUCAGGGUAAUUCAGGGUAACCUUUAGUAAAAAAUCGGAAAAAUGUACAUUUCAGAAUUCGUGAACAUCAUCAAAGGCCAGUGA